AUGAGUAAUGAUUUAAUAAAUGGUUCUAUUUUGCAUUGUUUAGAAACAGCUAGUUUGGGUAUGCCCCUGGAAGUAUGGAAAACAAGAAUGUGUGUUUACAGAAAUGAAAAUACAAUUAAAUCAUUUAAGAAUAUAUAUAAUAAAGGGAUAGGUCAAUUUUAUGCUGGUUUUUAUGCAAAGUUAAUUGAAAGUGGUAGUAAAGGGGCAGUUUUAUUAUUAUCAAAAGAACAAAUAAUAAAAUUUUGUAAUGAUAUGAAUAUUAAUAAGACAACUAGUGGUUUUAUUGGUGGAGCAUGUGGGGGUAUAUUCCAAUCAUUAGUUAUGACACCAUGUACAUUUUUCAUAACUGCUAGUAUUGAUAAAAAAAUUAAUUAUAAAGAAAAAUUUAUACAUAUAUUUAAAAAUACUGGAAUUACAACUUUAUAUAAAGGAAACACUGCUAUGUGUUUAAGGCAAGGGACAAAUUGGGCUAGCAGGCAAGGAAUUACUGAAUGGAUAAGAAAUAUAGUUAUGGAAAGAAAAAAAAAUAAUAAAAAUAAAAAUGAAGAUAUAAAUAAUAUAAAAGGUGUGAUUUUUUCUGGAAAUGAAAUCACAAUAAAUAAAAUACAAAAUAAUAAUAAUAAUAAUACAAGUCAAAAUAAAUCAACAGAAUUAACAACAAGUGAAGAACUUUUUUGUGGAAUUGUUGGAGGUGCUCUUUCUGUUUGGAAUAACCCUUUUGACGUUGUUCGGGUUUAUAUGCAGAAUAAUGCAAAUAAAAAUAUUAAGUUAACAUUUUUUCAGUCAUUUAUUAAUUUAUAUAAAGAAGGAGGUAUUCUAUACUUAUAUAAAGGUGUUAUACCUCGAUGUUUCCUUUGUAUAUGGCAAACAUUAUUUAUGGUUACUGGCAUAAAAAUAUUAAAUAAAUAUUUUUAA